UCUCAAAGGCCUCCAAAACCGAAAGAAUUGAACUGGUUUUCUGCGACACUCCUCCAACCAGUGCAGAGCUGUCUGCUAGCUGGCUGAAGUGUUGACACCCGUCUCUGGUUGCACAUCGAGUGGUUAUUGCCUUUCUGGAAAGACGAAACCGUGUCUCAAUUAUUGUAAGAAACCUUGUGUUGGACUGCUUUCCCCCUCUGUUGUGACUUCACACGUCUUUUAAUCUCGGUGACAGGCCGGUCCAACCGUAGCUUGUCCCUUGCAUGUGUUUUCUCUGCGCUGCGACGCCGUCUGGCACUGUGUUCCGUUGUGUCGGCCGGGGGUUGUCUCUGAUAGUUGUUCCUCUGGGCGGAGAAGGAAGCCGAUUUUGCGCUGUUGUAUGUGUCUUCGUUGAGAUCGAGGUGCGAGCAGGCAACUCUUGGUGCCCCGUCUCUCCUAGAAAAGCCGGAUUCUCUUUCACAGAAUUCAACCAGUCCCAGAAAGCAGAAAAGAUCGGAGGGGUUCCGUUCUCCAGAUCAUUUUCUGGCGCACACGAAAACUUAUUUUGCUCCGUGGUGCCACAAACAUCUUUCUUUGCGCAACGCCAUCGCAGUGAAAUGCGCAGCCUCUGCCUUUUCCGCGUGCAGCUGCUCUAAGCCGUGUUUCGGCCCAUUCCUCAGCAGGUACGUAGCAAACGGGAGGUCACUCAGCCUGCAGAAAUGAUGGAGGAGACGAAAAAGCUUCCUGAAGUACCUGUCGCUUUCGAACGACAAGGAGAUACAGAAGUCAAAGGGAACCAGAAUGACUCGUCACUACAUGGCGUCGAGCGGAAGGCGCUGUCUGCUCAACAGGGUUUGCCGGACGGAUCCACCCGGUGUUCUCUUCUUCCGGACUCCUCGACUCUCUGUUCUUCCCUAUCCGAGACCUCAAGUGCGUCUCUGCUUGUUGCUAGCGAGUCAUCUCCAGAAAAUGGUGCACAACUGACUCCUACCUCUGCAGCUGCGUUGCAGCCAGGUGGACAUACACCGCAAGGCUUCACGUCGCGGACGGACUCACUCGCUCACAGCGGGGGCUUUUCGUUGCCUACGGAAACGAUUCCCAGCACGUUAACUGAUGCGAGGUCUGCAGAUUCGCGGCUUCCUUCUCGCGAUGACGGUGCCGUCGAAUCUACUGGUGAAUGCCAUCCCCCUGCACCUGAUGCCAUCCCUUCUGUCGGCGGCACAAGCCCAAGCGCUGCAGCGGCACGCGGUGCGUCGACAGCAGCCACUGUAAAAUCUCCGGUUUCUGGCGCGCGUGGUUCUGCGUCCAGUAGAGCAUCCGGCGCCCGCCUAACCGGAGUUGCGUCUCCAAUCGAAGAACGCAGUGGCAAUCGGCCCGCUGCUUCGUCGUCCUCGUCGUCAUGGGCGCCAGCGGACACAACGAGAGGCGGAAGAGCGGGCGUUGUUGCGGGAGCGGGGGGAAUGACGCUUCGUCUCGCUAGGGCGUCCGAUGGAAGCUUCACAGUCGUCGACAGUGGGACUGGAAUGCCAGCAAGAGAGUGGGUGCAGCAGCUCCAGCUCCGGGCUGCCGACCCUACACCCAUAUUGCGUCUUCGCGUUCAUCCCGAGACCGGCGAGGUUACUCGCACCAGAAAACGCACUGAGGACGGGGAGCGGCAGGGAGCAGGCGGUCCGGAUUGCGACGAAGAGGAAAGGUCUGCAACUGCCUGGCGAUCGGGACCAAGCUACGUCCGGCAGGAAUUUGACGACGGCUCGCGAAGUGGUUCGAGUCGAGGGCGACCGGCGAAUUCUUCCGGCCCUCCUGGUCCCCUCAUGCGUCCCCCGUCUCUGUCGGAGGCGUUCUCCACAGCUGUGGCUACAACGCAUCGCUUUCGCUAUCGGAGCACCAGCGUAGCUGGCAGAGGGAGGGGGUCCUCCCGAGGCCCCACUGACCAGCAACUGUUCGAAAGAGACACCUACACGGACAUAGUCCACAGCAGCGAAGACAGUGGCUUAACGUGGGGAGAGAAGAGGGCGAAGGACGGCAGCUGGCGAGAGAAGUGGAUGCAGCAGACGAUGGAGGAAGAGGAGGAAGACACAUCCGAGGGGGACAAGGGCGAGGAGCGAGGCAGUGGAGGCAUACGAACAAGGCGCACGCGACGAAGGACGUUCGGGCAAAACCAUGGAAUCAAUGAGAGCCGAAGAGAACGGUGGUCCGAGAGGUGGGAGGAAGUGGAAGGGCGCCGCCGGACAGUGGAGAAGGCGGUGCAACAGUUGGAUGAAGAUGGCAAUGUGGUUCAGGAGUGGUUUGAGGUGAUUGAGGAGAACCUUGAGACUGGAGAAACGAAGGUGACGAAAGCCGGCGAAGACUCGAGGGCCUACUUCGGCUCUGUGUGCGGGCAGCAGAGCCCCCGGGAGGAGCUCGGGGACCACCGCGAGCGAGGAACAACCUCGUCGCUUUCUCAAGACGACUUGAACAGAGAAAGCGAGACAAAGAACGCGAAACAGCAGACGAGCAGAAGAGCGCGCCUUUCUCGGCGGUGGAAAGAAGAGAGUCACCGGCGUGUAUCCGCGGAGACCGGGGAAGACGAAGUGUUCUGGAGUGUCUUUGAAGAAUCACAGGGAGGCCGAGAGAAGGGGAGACGCAGACGACGAGAUAGAACAAAGGGAACAGAGGAGACGGAAGUAUGGUACAGGGCCUUCGAUUCUGAGACUGGGGAGACGAUGGAGACCUGGGAGGAGAGAUGGAUCGAGAAGGCAGACGGAGAAAAGUGGGGCGAGAAGAAGGGCGUCAACACCCAGAAAGAAGAGUGGGGAGAGAAGUGGCGCGAAAAUGCAGCGGGGGAGCGAGAAGUCGAUCGCUGGGCCCGAACAGAAGACGGCCGAAGACAGUGGGGAGAGAAGAAGGGAAGAGGGAGACCGAAGAAAAACGGAGAAGGAACCCAGGAGAACGGCUGUGAACACUCCUCAGACGAGAGGACCCCCGAAGACUAUACGGAAAGGUGGGAGAUCGAGCACAGAGACGACGCCUACGUGUCUUUCACGGACCGGUGGUGGGAGAGACCCGAGGAAGGGUCCCGGUGGGGCGAAAAGAAGAAGGUGACUCACACGACUCUCCAGGGGCCGCCAAAUGGAACGAAUGCAGAAGACGAGACAGGAGCUACGGAUCGUGUUGUCGAAUUGAAUGAGAAGUGGUACGACAAUGGACAGGAGAAGAUGGUGGACGAAUGGCGAACAGAGCUUCUUCUCGAGAGUGCUGCCGACGACAACGAAAACGGCCCUCGCAGGAUCCUUCACCAGGUCAAGUCCGGGAGAAAGCACACAAAUCGGUACUGCGACGGGACUCAGUGGGGAGAGAACUGGCAUCAGUCGCAGGCCGCGUCUCCUGGCGCGUCUUCUUCUAGCUCUUCCGCUACCGAUGGAAACGUGGACAGUGCCAACGAGGCGGACGGCGUUGUCUCGCACCAGGUCACCGUGCAGAUUCGAACGCCAAGUGGACGCUUCGAGGUGCACACCGUGGAGGCGUCAGCGCCAGUUCUUCGCCUAGCGUCGACAAGCCGGGACAGCUGGUGGCGGGAACCCCACGGGAAUUCGUGGGGCGAGAAAAUGUACCAUGAUUUAGAACAGGGCUCAGAGCAACAUGAGAAGUGGUACGACAACGGUCAUGAACGGCAGGUCGACCGAUGGCGGGUGGCGCCUGAUGGGUCGAGAACGGGCGAGAAGUUUGGGUCCAAAACAGACGGGACGGAGUGGCGAGAAGCCUGGGGCAGGCAGGCGUCAGGCGAAGGCGCCGAAGAAGACUCGUGGAUCGAGAAGAGAUGGAAAGAACGAAACCGAGACGGAGAAGGCGUGAACGAAUGGGGAGAGACAGAGGGCUCCGAAGGGCGGAAAAGGUGGAACCAGAAGUGGUGGAAAAAGGAGAGCUGGCACGGAGGAGAUGAGUUCGUGGAAAAGUGGGAGGAUGAUGGGCAUGGCAACAAAAGCACGGUGAAACUGGGAUCCACUUGGAAACAUCGCGAAGGAUGCCGAGAAGUCACGGACUGGUUUGAAGACAAGUUCGGGGAGGUUGCGCAUUCGCAGGAGAAGUGGGCCUACAAGCGGGGUCACAGUGCAUCGGGAGAUAACUGGCUAGAAAAGUGGAACGAACGCCCAGAGGAGAAAAGUGCGACCAAGUCUGGCUCGAAUGCGCGAGGCGACGAGUGGUCGGAGCAGUGGAAGGAGACCUUCGAUGAGAAUGGCGAAAAGAGCACGACAUGGGCUGAGAAGACCGGGCGCAACGCUCAGGGCGACGCGUGGUAUGAAACGUGGCUGGAGCGUCGCUCGAACUGGAAAAUGGCAAUCAAAGAAGGACGAAACGCCCGCGGGGAAGAAUGGCAAGAGAAAUGGGGUGAAGAUUUGCACGAAGACGGUUCAGGCGAGAAGUGGUGUCAAAAAUGGGCCAAAGACAACGCGGGAAAUCGUCAUGGAAAGAGCUGGGGAGAUAGAUGGGGAAAGGACGGAAAGGGUGGACAUCGUUGGGGUGAGGAAUGGUCGAACGACGACGUCAACAAGUGGUGGCAUGACACUGAUGGACGACCUGCGGGGUGCUAGAGGACGCCUCGCUGUUGCGUUCGAGCCCUUUUAGGACAGUGCAGGGGCAGUUCUCUUUUUGAAAUCGAAACGAGUCUGCUUUGGCCACUGACACAUGUGUAAAAACGAUCCAGUGACAGCGCGCACGUAGAAUCAGCAUCACUCGAAAAGUAUCUUCUGUUGGUGCCUUCAAGCUCUUCACAUCACAGCGGUGGGGGUAGUAGAUAAUGUGCACUGUUGCAGUCGCUCCUGCUUGAUUUUUCGCGUGUUAGCAAAUAUGAAGGAACUGUGACGGUGCAGAAUGAACCCGUGGACUUGCGGGCGUACGUAUAUUUUUAAAAGACAAAUAUGUGUAUGAACAUGUCGACAACUAAGGCCGUGUGCGUUAUGCGACGCUGACCCAUUCACACAUUGUGAAGAGCAGGAGAUCAGGACGCUACGUUGAUCCUGCCCUCUCAGCGUCCAGUCACUCUUUUUCGUGUAAAAGUCCAUGAACGUUCACUCGAUAAAGAUGCCAAUCAUUGAAGGUGGAGAACUAUGUCUCUACAGCAUGAAUAGUUUAGUCAUUCAGUACAGCUCUACCUUCAUCUGAGUUUGGGAAUCAAGAUUUCUGUGCCAAUGAAGAGGGUUGAAACCCGAGUGUGGCUAAGGGCGAAGUCCUCGGUGUCAUCCGUCCCACCGAGUUUCCUUAGCUAUGUUCAUUACGAUGAAUCAGGGGUUUCAUUGCUUCCACGUCGAUUUGAGUCGUGUGCUCACGCAGUAUCGGACAGUGAUUUCUCUGCACGAAGGAGAGCAAGCAUCUAGACUCCGACAGGAUCGCUGGAUCUUGCGUCUCUCGGGUGUUCCUGACGUUGAUUUUUUACAGCGUACAAACAGUGUCACUGAGUAAUCUUUCUUCGAUUUUUGCGCAUCUCAGUAUCUGAAGCUCUCUCGAUCCACCGGGAAACCGGUACCAGGGAAAACUAAUAUCCGGUUGCGUCUUGAGUUGGUGAAUAUGGCAAUACAUAUGAAUCGGGACCGGUCAACGCUACAGCGCACCUUCAUGGAGAACGAGAAGCACAACCC